AUGUUUGCAAAUCAAACAAUGUAUUCAACUGGUUAUGGUUCUCUUCCUAUAUCGUUGGCUCUUGGUGACUUUAAUAACGACAGCCUGCUUGAUAUUGCUGUCGCUAACGGUAGGGGUUCCAAUGUUGGUGUAUUACUAGGAUACAGCAAUGGAUCUUUUGGUGCACAAACGAUAUUUUCAACUGGAAGUGGUUCUCUUCCUUUGUCAGUUGUUGUAGGUGACUUUAACAGCGAUAGUCUAUACGAUAUCGCCGUCGCUAAUUCAAUUACUAAUAAUGUGGGCAUAUUUCUGGGGUAUGGCAAUGGGAAUUUUGCAAAACAAAAGACACUUUCAACUGGGAGUGGUUCGAAUCCUUCCGUGAUCGCUGUAGGUGACUUUAACAACGACAAUCUGCUAGAUAUAGUUGUCGCAAAUUCCUAUACUGAUAAUAUAGGCAUUUUUCUCGGGUAUGGUAAUGGAAGUUUUGCAGCACAAAAGAUAUUCUCAACUGGGAGUGGUUCGAGUCCUUCCGCGAUUGCACUCGGUGACUUUAACAAUGACAGUCUUCUCGAUAUUGCCAUUGCCCAUUCCAAUACUAGUAAUCUAGGCAUGUUUCUCGGAUAUGGUAAUGGGGCAUUUGCAGAGCAAACGAUACGUCCUAUUGGGCAUGGUACUUCUUUUUUCGCGUUCGCUGUAAGCGACUUUAAUAACGACAGUAUACUAGAUAUUAUUGUUGCUGACUAUCUAGAUGAGACUGUAAGUGUACUUAUUGGAUAUGGCAACGGAAGCUUUGACAAAAUGAUGACAUAUUUCAUGGGAUAUGGUUCUCGUCCGACUUCACUCGCCCUUGGUGAUUUCAAUAACGACAAUAUACUCGAUAUUGCUGUGUCGAAUGCUGGCGCUAAUCAAAUAGUAUUGCUUUUUGGACAUGGUAAUGCAACUUUUAAAAUGUUAACGGCGUAUUCAACAGGUGAUGGUUCUCGUCCAUUCCCAAUCAUGGUUGGUAACUUUAAUAGCGAUAUUUGGCUGGAUAUUGUAGUCGGGAAUAUCAUUGCAGGUAGUGUUGGUGUGUUUCUCGGUAUGGAUAACAUAAAUGCAGCUAGACAAGCAAGCUAUUCAACCGGUUCUGGCUCACAUCCAUGCGCUGUGGUAGUCAAUGAUUUCAAUAACGAUAGUCUGUUUGAUCUUGCCAUCGUUAAUUCAGCACACGAUAACAUUGGUAUUCGUCUAGGUUAUGGAAAUGGCUCCUUCGCAGAGGAAACAAUAUAUUCUGCAGAAUUUAGUUCUCGUCCAAAAUUCGUUACUGUAGGAGAUUUCAACAGUGACUAUCAAGUGGAUCUCGCCAUCACCAAUACUGAGAACGACAGUGUAACUGUUGCUUUUGGAAAUAGCAAUGGAACUUUCACAAACCAAAAGGUAUAUCCGACUGGACACGGCUCGCGUCCAAACUAUGCUGCUGUUGGUGAUCUUAAUAAUGACAGUCGACUGGACCUUGUCAUUUUGAAUGAGGGCACUAAUACUGUUGGAGUUUUCCUCUCUUUCGAGUAUGCAACAUUCAGAAACCAAAGCUCCUCCUCAACUGGAGUCAAUUCUAAUCCGGAAGCCAUUGCCAUUGGCGACUUCAACAACGACAGUCUUUCAGAUAUGGUUGUCGCAAAUUCUAAUAAAUAUAAUGUAGGGAUAUUCCUUAGUUGUGGCAACGGGACUUUUAGAUCACAAGAAACAUUUUCAACCGGAAGUGAUUCGAAUCCUACCGCAGUUGCUGUAGGUGACUUUAACAACGACAAUUUGCUGGAUAUAGUUGUCGCGAAUUCCAAUACUGAUAAUUUAGGCAUAUUCCUCGGGCAUGGUAAUGGGGAUUUUGCAGCACAAAAGACAUUUUCAACUGAGAGUGGCUCACAUCCUUCCGCAGUCGCUGUAGGUGACUUUAACAACGACAAUUUGCUGGAUAUAGUUGUCGCGAAUUCCAAUACUGGUAAUUUAGGCAUAUUCCUCGGGCAUGGUAAUGGGGAUUUUGCAGCACAAAAGACAUUUUCAACUGGAAGUGAUUCGAAUCCUUUCGCGGUCGCUGUAGGCGACUUUAACAACGACAAUCUGCUGGAUAUAGCUGUCGCAAAUUCCAAUACUGAUAAUUUAGGCAUAUUCCUCGGGCAUGGUAAUGGGACUUUUGCAACACAAAAGACAUUUUCAACUGGCAGUGGUUCCCUUCCCCACUCAGUUGCUGUAGGCGAUUUUAAUAAUGACAGACUUUUUGAUAUAGCCGUGGUCAAUUACAAAACUCAUAAUAUAGGCGUAUUCCUGGGAUAUGGCAAUGGGAGGUUUGCAUCCCAAAUGACAUAUUCAGCUGGAAAUGGUGCUCUUCCCAUAAUGCUUACCACAAGUGACUUGAACAAUGACAAUAAUCUGGAUAUUGCUGUUGCCAAUUAUGGUGCUAAUAAUGUGGGUAUCUUCUUCGGAUAUGGUGACGGGAGUUUUACUCAACAGAUGAUAUUUGCAACUGGAAGUAGUUCUGUACCGAUUGCGAUUGCCAUUGGAGAUUUUGACAACGACAAUCGAUCGGAUAUCGCGGUAGUCAAUCGUGCUGAUUACAUUGCUAUGGUACUUGUUCGAGACAGUAGUCAGCCUUUUCUAAGCAUGACGACGUAUUCAACUGGCGAUGGCUCUCGUCCGCAAUCUGUGGCUAUUGCAGACUUCAACAAAGAUUACUACCUCGAUAUUAUCGUCGCUAACAGUGGCAACGAUACUAUAGGUAUACUACUUGGUUAUGGUAAUGGAACCCUUACGAAACAAUCGACAUUCGCAACUGGAAAUGGCUCGCAACCAUGCUCAGUCGCCGUCGGUGAUUUCAAUAAUGAUAGUCUGUUAGAUAUCGUUGUUGCUAAUUCUGAAACCAAUAAUGUCGGUAUAUUACUUGGAUAUGGGAAUGCAACGUUUUCUACAGUCGUCCCUUAUUCAACUGGAGAUUCUUCGAUCCCAUACUCGGUCGCUGUAGCUGAUAUUAACAACGAUAAUUACCUUGACAUCAUCGUUGCCAAUCGAGGCUCCUUAGAUGUAUUUGUUUUAGUUGGAUAUGGUAACGGAACUUUUGGAAAGCCGCAGUCUUAUUUACUAGGCUAUGGUUCUCAACUAUAUUCAGUGGCUGUCGCUGAUUUCGAUAAAGACGGUUGGAUCGAUAUUGCGGUUGCGAAUUAUGGCCAUGAUGAAGUAGAAAUUAUUUUGCAGAAAUGCGAUACUACCUAA